AUGAUUCAAAAAGGCUGCUUUCAUGAGGAUUUUGAAUUACUUUCUGUAUUGGGUAAAGGAGGAUUUGGUGUUGUUAUGGAAGUAAAAAAUAAAAUUGAUGAUUGUCAUUAUGCUGUCAAAAGAAUAGGUGUUCCCGAUUUAAUGAAAAACAAAGAUCAACAAGAAAGAGUUAUGAGGGAAGUAAGAGCUCUUGCAAUGUUGGAACAUCCUGGUAUUGUAAGAUAUUAUAAUUCAUGGAUUGAGAAUCCUCCUGUAGGGUGGCAAAAAGACAAGGAUGCAGAAAUGAAUGUAUGUGAAGUAUCAUCUGAAGUGGCACAAGAAACUUCGUUUCUUCCUGUUGAAAGGAAUAAACUUUCUAGAAAUCUGAAGUUUAAUUCCUUAAUAGGUUAUCAGAAUGGUAUAAAUAGUUAUGACUCUCUUUUGAAAAAAGAUGAAGAUCAUGAAAGUGGGAAACAUGUUGAGAGUUAUUUUAUUGAAUCUGAUGACUCUAAAUCAUCCAGUGAAGCUGUUAAAGAGACUGUGGUGGAAAAUAUUGAUACUUCCUACCUAUAUAUACAGAUGCAACUGUGCAAGAAAGAAAAUUUAAGCAAUUGGUUGAAAAUUAACCUCACUCGCAGUUAUAAUACUGUAAUAGUUUACUUCACACAACUUGUUGAUGCAAUGGAGUAUGUUCAUAAAUGUGGAAUAAUGCACAGAGACUUAAAACCAUCCAAUAUUUAUUUUUCAAUGGAUGGGACAGUAAAAAUUGGAGACUUUGGCUUAGCUACAUCAUCCACUACACCUCAAAAUGGACGAAUCAGUGAUAUGAAUGAAUGGAGUAGUCAUACUCGUGGAUGUGGCACCCAGUUAUACAUGAGUCCAGAGCAGGUAGUUAAAAAAUAUUUUUUACUUCAUGUUUUCCAAGUUCUGUUCUGUCGUGUCUGCGUUAAUGCUUCUGGAGCUCUGUUGGUGGAACGGCGAGGUUCUAAUUAA